UAAAUGUGAGGAUUAUUAAUUAUAUGUAUUGCCGCUUAGUUAUUAGAUAGAGGCGCCAUAGCGUGAUAAAUAUAUAUACGUAUAUUAUACUCCACACAUUUUAGUAUGUUUAUUAUUUAUACUCUGAUGUAUUAUACUCACGUACACUUAAUUCAUAUAGAUUAGGCCUAAUAAAAACAUAACCAAACACGUUUUGUUUAUUUAUUAAAUUAAAUCAAAUCAAUUAAAAGUGCAAAAUUAAUUAAUAUUCAAAAAAUAAUAAAUUAAAUCCAUUUCUGAUAAAUACAUACGGAGGUAAAUUGAAAUUAUUCGACUACACAUGAGAAGUAUAAAAAUAAAAAAUUAUAAUUGUCAGCAAAAAUUUUUUUUUUAUUUUGAACAGGAAAAAAAAAUUUUAUCAAAAAAUGGUAUCCGAUAAUGAUGAAAAUUCAUCUCAUUCACCAACUCCGAGAGAUAGGUAUAAGCGGUACAAAUCAGAUUCAACAGUUCCGAUUCCAUUAAGGACACUAAAUCGAUGGCGAUCCAAAGGCUUUUUCUCAAGCGAUGAUAGAAGUAGAAACGACAGUGAUCUAGGAGCAUCAAGUAUUAGCGAAAAUAAUUUUACUGCAGAUAUUAAUAAUACGAUGAAUGAUCCCAAUAUAUCAUUAAGCGAUGUGUCAGAUGUUGAUAGCGUUUCAAGUAUGAGUACAGAUGAAAAUGAAAGUCUAGAAUCAAAUAGCGAUCAUGAUAAUGAAGAAAUAAAUGAUAAUGAUGAUCACUAUUCUGUUAAUUAUGAAGAGGAUGAUAAUAUUGAAUAUGACUAUAAUAUUGACGAUAUGCAAGCAAUUGGAAAUGAAAAUACAGCUGAAAGUAAUAUGCUUUUGACUAACAGUACGAUCAAUGUAGACAAAUUUGUGUUGGAUUUAUUGAACUUAUAUAUUAAGCAUAAUAUUACUAAAGCUGCAUUGCAAGACAUAUUAAAAAUACAGCUAAAAUUUUUACCAGAUAAUAAUGAAAUCCCAAAAACAUUAUAUAAACUUUUCCAAUAUGCUAAAGAUAUUGCUCCUCCAUGCAAAUUUAUUAAAACUUAUUAUUGUAAAAGAUGUUUAUUCAACGUUGAUCUUGAAAUUAUUGCCAAAAAGCAAGUAAAGAAAUGUUCCUUGUGUCAGACAGAUCAAUCCUCAGAUAUUGGGUUUUUUCAUAAAUUUGAUGUUUCAGAUCAAAUAAAAUUUUUAUUUGAACAUAACAAUUUAGCUGAAAAAUUAAAAUGUACCCGACCACAGAACCCUGGAAGUAUUUCAGAUAUAACGGAUGGGGCAGAAUAUAUUAGAGUAAACACUCGGUGUAAUAAAGAUCCAUAUGAUUUAACGAUUGUACUUAACACUGACGGUUUAUCUCUUGUGAAAAGUGCAAAAAGUCACUGUUGGCCAGUUAUGUUUACAAUUGCAGAAUUACCGGAAGAUAUUAGAGACAAAUUCAUCAUAAUAAUCGGACUAUGGUAUGACGACAGUUGUAAACCGUGUAUGAAUCUUUUUCUUAAGCCAAUUUUUGAUCAGCUUAAAGAAUGCUUCGUUACUGGUGUUGACUGGGUAAAUCCGAAAACCGGGAUGGUGAUGAACUCUAAAAUUGUUGCUCCGUUAAUUAUAGCGGAUGCACCAGCUAGAGCCCAAAUCCAAAAUAUUAUGUCUUUUAAUGGUCGUUACGGAUGUAAUAUUUGUGAGAUUCGGAUGGUAAAAAGUAAACGUAUUGCUGAGUUGAGAACUUCGCGCAUUUUUCCAUAUAAAAUUGACUGUAAAAUAAGAACUGGAAAGAGAAUGGAAGCUCAAGCUAAACAACUACUUAAAAAGAAUUCUGUAAAUCAGAUUCGAGGAGUAAAAGGAUAUUCUGCUGCAUCUUGUCUUCCUUUGAUUGACCUUGGAACAUGUUUUAUACCUGAAUUUAUGCAUUCAGUUUUACUUGGCGUUGUUAAACAAAUAAUUGGUUUGUGGUUCAUUAACAAAAAACCUUGGAGUUUAAAAGAGAAAACUAAGGAAAUUGAUGAAUUUAUUUUACGAAUACGACCACCGCAGUCAUUUUCUAGAUUACCUAGAAAAUUAUCACAGUACACUCUAUUCAAAGCAUCUGAAUUCUAUAAUUUUUUGUUAUUUUACUCCAUUCCAUUGCUUUCUGUCUAUUUACCAAUAAUAUAUUUUGAACAUUGGUUACUGCUAGUAAAAGCCAUUUUCAAUUUGGUCAAAUCUAUGAUAACCCAAGCUGAACUUGAAGAGGCGGAUAGCUUAUUAAAAAUGUUUGUAUCACAAGUGGAAGCGUUAUAUGGUGAUCGGCAAUUAAGCUACAAUGUACAUCAGCUUCUUCAUUUAGCAUUAUGUGUGAAAAGAUGGGGACCUCUACAAGGAACUUCUGCUUUUGCAUUUGAAAAUCAUAAUGGCUACAUAGCGAAAUGUGUGCAUGGUAGCAAACACUUCGGACAAGAAAUUGUUAACAAUUUACAAAUCUUGCAAGGAACAAAACUUAUUGAAAAUCGUAUUAAUGAAUGGACAGCUAAUAAUAAUGUAACUACUAAUAACUCCAGAAAUUAUGGAGUCUUAGGGAAAAUGAUUCAAGAUGUAAAAAUUAAGGACUUGGAGCACGACAUAUUGUUAUCUAAUCAUAUUGAAUUAAAAAGUAUGUCUGUCUAUGCACGUGUCAAAAUAAAUAACGAAAUAUAUACAUCAGAGAUAUAUAAAACUACAAAAACAAAUAGUCACACAGUACAGAUAGAUCUGAACGGAUCGUUAAUUUACGGAUCGAUUAAAUACUUUUUUUUAUUUCAAGAUAAUUUAUACAUCAUCAUUAACCAGUUCACUGUUGAUCAUACUAAAAUCUUCUAUCACAUCAAAACCAAAUCUAUUAUUGAGCAUAUAAUUCCUAUAAAAGAAAGUGAUAGGAGAAUGCUGAUUAAUUAUUCCAAUGUUAAAAUAUUGACACAACUCAUAAGAGUUGAAAAUUAUGUAUGCAAAAAACCAAACACUUUAAAAACUGUUUGGUAACUGGGUAUUAUUAACUAUACAUAAGUUUAUUACUUUUUUAACAGACUGAAUAAUAUAAUGUAACGCUUCGUAAAUAUUUAAAAAUUAUAAUUUAUAGUAAAAUUGUAAUCAUUAUUUCUGUAAAUAUACACCUAAAACUAUAAUGCAUUUAACGAGUAUUGAUUAU